AUGCAGCGCCGCUCCCCAGAAAACACCCUGAUGGGGAACAGCCAUCCUUGGGAAGCCUCGGACACUCUCCUCCAGCUACAGCGGUGAGCUGCCUGCCCCUCCCGGCGACCCUUCCAUUCCCACCCCCCCGCCCCAUAGCAAAACGUGCAUCAAUCGAUCAGUCCCCUCGCCGCAGACAAAAACAUCUGGGGUGGGCGAAGAGGGGGAGGGGGUGCCGAUCACUCACCGUUUGGGCUUUCGGGGGCUCCGCGGGCUUUCGAUGAUGUAGCACCAAACGGGUAUUGGUGCGUGUGUGAGUGUGUCGUGUGGGGGGCAGAUCAGGUUACGGGCGGCAGCAGCAGCAGUGGCGGCUGCGGCGGCCUCUCCAUGGCGCCCGGCAACCCCCGCGCAGAGCCUCUGCCCACGGCCGGGAGGAGGCAGCUGGCAGGUGCCUUGGGCUGCGCAACCCCUAGCAUGUUGUGGCUCCUAAGCUGAAGGUGGAAGAGGACAGCGACUGCCCAUCUCCGCCGCCACCGGCCUCGCUUGCGGGGCUCUUGCCUCCCUCCCUCCGCCGCCGCCGCCUUCGGAGCUCCGCCUGCGAGGAUGCGAUGGAGCCUCCGCUGCUGCUGCUCCGCGGGAAGGAGAGACGCGCGAGGAACGCUGAUCCGCGCCACUUGCCGCGAGACGGGGGACGCGGGGAGGAGGAGGAAGGAGGGGUCUGAAUAAGAGAGGAGGGGAUGGAGCGUACUGCGAGUUUUCUUGCCCUUGCAGUAUUUCCCCAUGUGCCUUUUGAAUAACCCUCACGCCUGCCUCUACAGCUCAAUGCGAGUGAUAGCCAACAGUGGGUCUCUGAGUAUGACUAAGGUUGGACGUCACUAGGAUUUUAGUAGGUAAGAACUUAUACCUGAGUUAGUUUAUUUCCUCCUCCCUCCCAAUCUGUUUUCCUUUUGUGUCCUGUACGCAGGGACAGGGACUGUCUUAUUUGUAGCCAUGCACUUUGAGAACCUUUCUUGGAGAAAAGCUAUUAAAAUAAAUAAAUGUGAAAAAUCCCUUUUGUGAAAACCUUCAUACGUGGUAUCUCCAUAAUCCUUACACCAGCUUUGUAAGGUUGGCCAGCAGCACUAUCUCCACAUUGCAGAUGAUGGCAGGGGUGGGGAGACCACAGCUCAGAUGAUGGGGCAUGUAGCACGUGCACUAUAUCUUUGUGGCCUGGUGCUGUGCACACUUAGAAUUUGUGCAGGGAGUGGGGGGACUUGGUGAUGGGGAAAAGUGAGAAAGGUCACUUUGCACACGAAGGGAUUGUUGUGUGUGAAACCCCAAAUACCCAAUACAAAACUCAAUUCAAGCAACUGGGGGUUCUAGGAUAGGCCACCCCAUACAAUUAAGCAAGGGAAGGGGCAAACAUGCUGGAAUAUAUAACUGUUGUUCUCAUGUCUCACUCCCUUUCUCCAUUCUCCUACAUACAGCAAGACUACAUCUUGUUUGACCAUAUUGCUGUAACAUUUGCUCCCAACAGGCUCCCUCUGUUGGCAAAAGACACUCUAACCAAUGUCACAACUGGAUAAAUACAGGUAAGCACCUCACAGCAGUGGACAACUUUGGGCUUUAAAAUUUGGUGCAACACCAAAAUUCAGUUCACUCCCCCUUCCCCGCCUCUUGCUUUGUUUGCCAUUGUUGCUGGCAAACAACAAGGGUCCCUGCGAGACCCUUUUGGCUCUGUGCCCAGUGCAGGCUAACUGGUCGCUCUCCCCUAAAUCUGCCUCUGCUCACAGCUUGAAUGCACAAAACAGACAACCACUUUGCACACAGUUUCACUACAACCCCAACGGGGGCGGGGGGAGGAGGACUAUAAUCACAGUUUCUCUGGUUUCUCCCCAAGCCCCAAUAGUGGUACAGUGGUACCUCGGGUUACAUACGCUUCAGGUUACAUACGCUUCAGGUUACAGACUCUGCUAACCCAGAAAUAGUGCUUCAGGUUAAGAACUUUGCUUCAAGAUGAGAACAGAAAUUGUGCUCUGGCAGCGCGGCGGCAGCAGGAGGCCCCAUUAGCUAAAGUAGUGCUUCAGGUUAAGAACAGUUUCAGGUUAAAAACGGACCUCCGGAACGAAUUAAGUACUUAACCCAAGGUACCACUGUACUGACAGAGCACCCAUUUGGUACCAUUCCCUCUUCCCUCUCACCUCCUCACAACACCUUCUAUGUUUCUAAGUCCAGGAACCAUCUGCUCCAGCUGCUGACUAUUGCUCAUCGCUCUCUGUGAGUCUGUCUCUGCUCAUCAUAGACUGCUCUCCCCCAGGUACAGGAUCCAUCCCACCACUUGUUCUGUGA